GGCCGGCUGGGGGGGCGUGGCUCGCGUGACGUCAGCAUGGGCAUGAAUGAACAGGGCGAGAACUUUCCCACCGGCUCCCAUUGAGCUUUCCGGAGCUGCGGAGGCGACACGGCUUCUGCCCAGGCGCUUCCUCGACGGCGGCAGCGAAGCGAGCAGCCAGCCAGCCAGGCAGGAAGGCGCUGCUCCGGGCACAGCAUGGGCAGCCUCCGUGGGGCCGGCGCCCCUCUCCUCGUCCCCUUCUUCCUCCUGCUCCAGGCGGCGCUCCAGGGCGCCCAGACCCGCGAAGGUGAGAAGCUUCCCCUCCCGGCCCGGGACUCUCGUUCUCUCGCUCCCCCGACGCCGCGCUCCGACCAGCCGGCUUGAGCGCCGACGGAGAGCCGCGCCGGGGAAGGGGAAACGCGCACGGCUGCCUGCCCUUCCCGGACCCCGAGACGGAGCGGGACAGACUGCCUCUUGGGGGCUGGCGGGCUGGGGGUCGCUUCUGCUCACCGGCAUGGCAAAAAAAGGAAAAGUUUUUUCUCGCUUUGGCGAACUCCGGUGCCCCCUGCCCUUCCCAAAGUCGGUGCGUAGACGGUGCGGGUCCUUCUGUGCGCGUAUUUUAAACUCCAGGUGCGGAUUGAAAUCUCCAGCGAGGGACGGGCAAGAAGAAGAGGGGCGCGUCCGUAGGGGGGGGGGCCGAAGCGAGGGGGCUGCCGGCUGGUUUGGAGAGGCGACCAGGCCGCCGCUGGGUUUCAGAGCAGCGGAGGGGAAAAGAAACGUUUCGCACCGCACAAAGCUAAUGGAUGGAUUUCCUCACCAAAGGGGCUGUGUAGACCCGGCACCUUGUGGUAAUGGAGGAGCGUAGGUCUAGCGAUGCCUAAGCAGAACCUCCCGGUUCGAAGGCAGUCGACCUGCAAGUUCUCCGUGCUGGGAAACUAGCAGUGGGAAAGGGUCUGUUGUGCCUUUAUGCCCUCUUUGGGGGCUUCUACCUGGCUGUCCUGCUCGGGAACAGGAUACUGGGUGAGGUGGGCCUUGGAUCGGUCUUUUUCCUGCGGUCCGUUGUUCGGCCUCCUGGGAUGCGCCCCGCGUUUGAGGAAUGGGGCGCUGGCAACCUCUUUCCUCCACGGGUUCGAGCGGCUUAAGCAGAAUGCGGCCUUUGGAGUCUUGAAUAGCUUAUUAAACAGGCGCAAAUUGUUGCAGGACAUUUUAAAAAUUCCUGCGUUGGAUCAAUAGAUAGAUCUUCAUUUUUUCUAAAGAGUUCCGACUUAUUCCUUGGAGUGUUAGGUAUUGGCUUUGGGCAGGCGCUUAUUUCUGCCUUGCGAGAUCAAGUAAGCGCACAUGGAUGGACAGGGAAGAGGCUUGUGUCUGAAGAAGAGUUCUGUGGAACGCAGAAGUUUGCAUACGCCUCUGCUCCCGGCCUUUGGGACUAAGCACUUGAUUUCUCCCAAAUAGGAAAUAGUACUUCCCACUGGCUACAAGGCAGGAGAGCAAGGUUCCGAUCCUGGGCCCUGCUGGUAACAUUCUGGGAAAUGCAGUGAUUCACACUCCUUGCUUACACAACUGGGCCUCCACUGCUGUGGCAGGGAUGGUUCAUGCCAGGUUGGGCAAGGGAGGCAAAUAUUCUGGUUGCCACAAGAGAAGGGUGGGUCAGGGAGGGGCGCUGAAUCAACACCAGGAGAUUGAUCACCCACAGUCUCCACUUUUUUUCAGGGUGGUGUGGGAAGCAGGGGCAGAUUUCCUCUUAGAGAGAGAUUUGGGGUUGCGUGUAUGGGAAGCCAUUUCCAUUUCCUUUACUCUGAUUUCUGCCACACUGGAAAUUAGGCGAAUGCUUGGUGUCUUCACCGUUGCUCCAACUCUCUUAUGCAGUUGGUAGCUCUGAACUCUGCACCCUUUUGAGCAGAAUCUGGGAAUUCAGGAAUAUUUGAGCCUGGGACUAUACAUUUGACAUUUGGAACUUCAGGUUUCAAGGGGCUAAUCUGGAACCUGGUGCUGGUGUGUUCUUGAAGGUCCUUGAAAUGUGUUGGACCAGUCUUUGGGCCUAUCCUGCGCUUGACCCAGCACCACAGUGGGGGGCAAGCCAGCAGCAAAAUUCCUUCCAGGUUAAGCCCUUCCGUGGAACAAGCCCAGACUUGCCCACAGGUGUGUACUUUUUCUGCCUGAAAGCCAGGAUUUAAAUAUUUGGCCCCAGGGGAUCACCCCAGAGCAUAUUUUCAGUGGUAAGUCUUGUCUCUGGAAUGUGUGGAGCCCUGUUAGUCCUUGGAGCAUGUACAGAGGGCUUUUCCUAAUCUCUUUAGUCACUACAACCUGAUCUGGUAUUAUGGGGCUGAGCUCCGGGGAAGCCAUGGGGUUAACUGCCCCUGAUCUGGUGCUCUCCUGCUGGCAUGCACUACAACUCCCAGCAGAGCUGAUGGGAGCCGUAGUCCAAAACAUCUGGAGGGCACCAGAUGAGGGAAGGCUGCCCUGAGAAGCAAGAAGGGCUUCUGGGACAGGGCUGGGGAUGAACCUGUGGCUGUCUGGAUACUGGUAGCCAGUGGUGAGGGAUUGUGGGAGUUGUAGUCUAGGUACAUGUGGCAGGGCACAGGAUCCCCAGCCUUGGCUUAUAUGACCAACCAUUCCAGUCCUGGUCUCUGGAUAUAUGUCACCCCUUUUCAUGAAGAGACCACACGAUUUUUGCUCUCCUUCCUAAAUUGUUCUUCCCAGGGAAGGGUCGUAGCUCAGUGGCAGAGCAUAUGUUUGGCAUGCAAAAGGUGCUGGGUUCCUGGCAGCAUCUCCAGCUAGGGCUGAGCAAGAGUCCCAGCCUGAAACCCUAGAGGGCCAUUGUCAGUGUAGACAACACUGAGCAAGAUGGACCCGAAUUCCAACCUCCUUUAAGGUAGCUUCCUGUGUUUUCUACAAACUCUUGUGUUUAUCACCCGCUCCCCUUUUAAAAGACCUGGCAGCAUGCACUACCUUUCUUCACACCUGGGCAGAGCGAAGUGGGAGGAAGCAGCAACAGUGAUAUUUAGAGCAGAACUCUGGAGAAUGUAGCGCAGGGUACUUUAAGUCCCCAAAAUGCAAAGUUCAGAACCGGGGUGGGUGGGAGCCGUGAAGAAGAAGAGGAGUUUGGAUUUGAUAUCCUGCUUUAUCAGUCAAUCAAUCAAUCUUUAUUACGGUCCAGAGACCCAACAAAUCAUUACAAAUCAAUACACAAUUCAUACAGCCUACCUCCAGGUUACUUUAUCACUACCCUAAGGAAUCUCAAUAGGGACGCGGGUGGCGCUGUGGGUUAAACCACAGAGCCUAGGACUUGCCGAUCAGAAGGUUGGUGGUUCAAAUCCCUGCGACGGGGUGAGCUCCUGUUGCUCGGUCCCUGCUCCUGCCCACCUAGCAGUUCGAAAGCACAUCAAAGUGCAAGUAGAUAAAUAGGUACCGCUCCGGUGGGAAGGUAAACGGCGUUUCCGUGCGCUGCUCUGGUUCUCCGAAAGCGGCUUAGUCAUGCUGGCCACAUUACCGGAGCUGUACACCGGCUCCCUCAGCCAAUAAAGUGAGAUGAGCGCUGCAACCUAAUGGUCAGGGGUCCCUUUACCUUUAAGGAGUCUCAAAGUGGCUCAUGUCUUGGAGGAGUCCCUGUUUACUGGACAGAUCCCUCCUAGGCUCCCUCCCUGGAGUUAUUAGAGCCCAGCUGGCCAUCAUUGGGGAACCCAGGCAGAAUCCCUGGGGAGAUGGAGAAGGGGAAGCAGUUCCUUUUGGCUUGGGCAGGGAGCACUUUGGAGCUUCUGCACAAGGUAUUUUCCAUGCUCCCUGGUGGACCUGCUCUUUAGUAAAUAGUAAUAAGCCCCCCACCCAGCUGGAACAUCUAAAAAGGAAGUACAGCAUAACAUGGCAUGGGGUUGAUGGGUGUGUGUGCGCAGGGGGGGCGGGAAUUGAAUGGCAUAUGGCUUCAAAACCCAGCAGCAUGUUUGGUCAACUACCUGGAGCCACAUUUUUCCCAUUUGGGCCCUGCUGGUUGGUACAGUGGAACCUUGGUUUUUGAACUUACCAGUAAUCUGUUCCAGAAGACCGUUUGGCUUCCAAAAAGUUUGAAAAUCGAGGAUCCAUGGGCUGGCUGCAAAGUCAAUGGGGGAAAAUGAAAAACACAGCUCAGAAGCCAUUUGGCUUCCGAAAAUCAUUCAAAAACCGGAACGGUUACGUCAGGGUUUUUGUCGUUCAGGAGCCGAAGCGUUCCAAAACAGAGGCGUUUGGGAACCGACUGUUUGACUGUACUUGCAAAAGCAGCUUGGGAGGCUCACUUGAAGUGUCCCCAGAAAAGAAGGCCUGCUGUGUCCACUCCCAAACUCAGCUGCUGACAAGGAAGAAGAGGAGAAGCCAGAGUUGGCAUAAGCAGCCCCCAUCCAGCCACUUUGAGACGGAAGCUUUGCUGACCAGAGAAAUGUGGAUUAUGGGUUUUGAGACACAGCCGCUCCAAGCCUUUAGCCUCAAAGGCGGCGGCAGCAGCGCUGGCUUCGCACUCUUUUUCUUUCUUUUUUUCGCACAUUCAUCAGCUUCUUUUGAAAAAGCCACUGGAGUGGGGGGGGGGCUCUGGUGGCGCGGAGAGGCGCUGGUGCCGCUGGAGUGAGUCAGGUUCCCCAUGGGAAAGGGGGGGUGGUCCUGCCUCUUCCAAACCUGAAGAGCCCACUGGCUUGCAGGAGAAGACAGGAAUGUUAAUGAAGAGACUGGAUGGCCGCCUGGGCUCUCUAAUUACACCAGGGAGGGAGCCUAGCAGGGAUAUGUCCAGUAAACAGUUCCUCUCCAGCCCUGGGCUGCUGUGUAGCAGUCUCUUGUCAGUCUCUGGAACUGGGGGGGGGGGGCAGCCAACCCUUGUGAGUUCAGGCUUCCAAAGCAGCGCCCUGAGACACACUCUCUGAUGCGUUCUUUUUCUCCCAAGAUGCCUAAAAGUAAUUGGCCUUGAAUGCAAAUGGUUAAUUAAAUCUGGUUGCAGCUCCCAGCUUGGAACUGAUGGGGCGGGGAUGUGUAAAUUUUUGCUUCUCUUUUUUGUGCUGCUAAACUGAAACAGCAAAAUUUCACCCUUAUCCAGAACAUUUUCUUCAUUACCGCACUAGGACCACGGGACGCUGCUUUAGACAGAGUCAGACCCUUGAUCCGUCUCGCUUGGUAUUGUCUGCACUGACUGGCAGAGGUUUCCUUCCUUCCUGCGACUCAGUAGGGUAGCCUUACCUCUGCCACUAAGCUCUGUCCUUUCCAAAACAUUUGGUUUGGGCCUGCAGCAACCCCCUGACUUACUGUUACUGCAGGAAAUUCAGCACCUCCUCUCUGCUCCAUCAGCACUUUCUCAAAAGCAAGAGGUGCCGGAGCUGAUGUCCACCUGGGGCACCUUCUGCCCUUAAACCUUCCUUGCAGAGCCCCAAUGUGCAGGUGCGGUUUGUGGCUCUGGGGAGUCAGGCAGAUGCACUUUGUGCAUGCCCGGAGAAACGUUGGCAUCUUCUCGACUUGAAUCCUGGCAGCCCCAGAGUCGCCCCCCCCCCCACAGUCUUAGUGGUACCAUGUAGUUGGCGCUGGGUUCUUAAAGGAUGGGGUAAAGAAGGCGAUUGAGGUGUAAAAGUUUUAAAUGCUUGCUGUGUUAAGGCCAAUGGGAACCAUGGGCCAAAACAGCAGGAGGGAUUGGGCAAGGCUGUUCUUGCAGAUCACGUUGUAAAGCCCAGCUCUUUGGCUUUGGGCUCUGUGUGGAUCCUGUUGCGCUCCUGACUAGCAGAUUCCUGUGUACCACUUGGUCAUGGAUCCUCUGUCAUGUAUAGAAUUGUGGGGCGGUUUCUCUCUCUCUCUCUCCCUCCCUCCCCAUUUCCAUGUGGCUAAAAUACAGGCAGUCAAAAAAAAAAAAAAAUCAAAUCCACAUACUGGGAAGGGAGGGGAGAGCAAAGUUUAAAAUUAACUCUGGAAGUUGGUGGGAAAGAAAAGCUGUUCCAGAUGCUGCUUGCCUAUUUAUUUAUUUUUAUUUUAAGUGAAGGGAAACCAUGCAGGAUGACAGGCAGGCAGUUGGGGUGGCGGUUGGUUGUGGGGGGGAGGGAAGAGAGCAUUGCUUGCCCCUUUCUUUAGCAAUAAAUCAAAAUAGCUGAAUAGGUUCCGAUUAGGGAAGGGAAGGGUUGCCGUUUUUUCCUGCUUUAAGGAGGCUGGGAAAGGAGAGGCAGUGCGGUAUAGCGGUUGGAGGGCUGGACCAGGGCUGGGACCCCAAGUUACCCUGCAAGGUGGUUGUGAGGAUAAAUUGGGUGGAGGGUCUGUGUACAUCACUUUGAGCUGGUUGGAGAAAGGGAUAGCUAUAAAUGUCCUAAAUAAAUACGUUGCAUGUGGUUAUUAGUCCUUGGGGCUUUUAAAUAAAUAAAGUAAGUAAAUUUCAGUCUGAUUUGAAGGCAGCGUACACUGAAUGUCAGUUCCUGGGGGACAAAGAGGGAAGGGAGAGUCGCUUUCAUGCCUCGGUUGUGAGUUUCCCAGAAGUGUCUCUUUGGCCACAGGAUGCCGGACUAAAUGGGUCCAGCAAAGCUGGUUGUGGGUAGGCAUGUAUUAAAAGCCUCCAUUUUCCAAAGGCCUGGGAUAGCUUGGAAAAACAUGAGACUCUUAAUUUCAGGGUCAUGAGUUUGAGGGUCAUGAGUUCGAGUUGGGCCGAAGUUUCCUGCAUUGCAGGGGGUUGGACUAGAUGACCCUCGUGGUCCCUCCCAACUCUGUGGUUCUAUGACCUGGUGCCUAAGGCAAGAGAGGGCUGUGGUGCUCCGUGUUUGCUGGGUGCAGGGGCAGGACGGACCUUUUGACCCUGCAGGGUUGCAUUCUGGUGGAGCGGCAGAAGGGCCUUCAGAAGCAAAACAACAACAACAAACCCUUUAGCCUGCCAUGCAAUGUGAGGGAUACCCUGCAACCCACAGCCCAGCUCCUUGGCUUGAGGGCAGCGCAAGGAGGCAAAUCCCCACCCUAUCCGCUCUGCAGUCAGUGCAGCGGUGCCAGUCCAGCACAUUUUAAAAUGUGCUCUGCCUGGAUAGCUCGGCUGGUUAGAGCAUGGUGCUGAUAACGCCAGGGUUGCAGGUUUGAUCCCACUGCAUAUUCCUGCAUUGCAGGGGAUUGGACUAGCUGGUCCUUGAGGUCCCUUCUGUGCUGUGGUUGCUCAAGUCGGGGAGGGCCGGGAACUGCAGUUUUGGGUGCUUCCUGGGAGACUCAGAAGGCACCUCUGAUCAGCUCCAGCUCUUUGCUGCCGCAGAUUCCUGGGGAUAGACGCUUAGACUGGUUGCUCCUCCCUUUACGGCUGGUCCAAAGUCCGAGAAUCAAACUGAGUGUCCGUGAGAGCAGGGAAGGGCAAGAGUCCAGGGCAAAAAGAGGCAGGCAACUCCACCCGUCUCUCCUCUCUGAGAUGCACCAGGCUAGUUUUCCAUGCUGGGAUAUGACAUUAAUGAGAGGUUUAGAGCUCUGGCAACCAAACCUAAGCAGCCCAUCCAAAGACUGCAUCUGGAAGAGAUUUGUGGGGGGAAAGAAUCUCUGGAGAGCGGCAGGCGCAAGAAACCCCGAAAGGCUGGCAGGGUUUCUGUCUGCGGAGAGACAAGCGAAGGGCCCUUGCAGAGAGGAGGGCCAGGUAGAGCCGAUGGGGGAGGGGGCAUAAUUCAGUAGAUACAGCACCUGCUUUGUAUGUGGAAAUUCCCAGGCUGAGUCCUAGUUAGAAGGAUUGCAGGCUGGCUGGAAAGGACCCUAGAGAGCUGCUGCCAGCCCGAGUAGACAGCACUGGGCCAGAGUUCGUGAAAAAGGCAGCUUCGGAAGGACGGGACACAUCUGCUUUGCUUGCAGAAGGUUCCUUGGUCCAGUCCCUGUGAAAGGGUUUUGGACAACAGGAGCCAGGAAAGCUGCUGCCAGUCAGAGCAGACCAUCCUGAGCUAUGUACAGCAGCAAUCUGACUUGUGAUUGCAAAAGCUUCCUGAGUGCAUGUUUGUUGCUUCAGCAGACCCCCCCCCCAAAAAAACCCCACCAGGCCCUAUUUUGGCCUCUGCAGGCCCCUUCCUCCAGCUGAACAUAUUUGUGAAGACUUGGGGCUUUUGUUCAGUUGCAGGUGAAAUACGGUUUCUGGACUGUGCCCAGGGAUCGCUCUCUAGAGAUGCCUUUUCCGCCUGGCCUUGGCCAGACUGGCCUUCCAAUCCCUGGGGGCCACCCACCUCCCUCCCUUUCUUUUGGGAGCCCUUUGCCCUUCUGUCACGGGGCCCCCACCCUGUUCCCAAACAACCAGCCUCUGCUUUACAACCUGAGCAGGUUACUCACCACCUUUCUCCCCGUCAACGGGGAAAAUAUAGAAGUAAACCAAGGAAGGAGCUUGACUACGAGAUAAGAGUGAGAUAAUAGGGCUUCCGGAUGUCGGAUGUUCGAGGGCAGCUUCCUGCCAGCAGACUUGGCUCACAAAACUCUUGCCCAAGGAGGCACGACCGACCGGUGGCUAUCAGGGUUUAAGAGAGCAGCAGGUGGGCAACCGUCUCCAUCUUUCUGCCCUGCAAAGGAGGCAGGAGCAGAGCAAGAGCCUUGGGCAGGGACACAGGCAGGCAGCUGAGCCAUUCUGUUGUGCUUCUUCUGCUGAAUCAGAGAAGUCAACAAGAUUUCCCAUCCACGGAGAAGGCAGAACCGUGAAGCAUGCAGAGAGAUAACAGGCACCCUCCUCUGAGUAGCACUUUUGGACUUGCAGGAGACUUUGGGGUUACUUCCCCCUGCCCAGUGCUCUCCGAAGCACUCAGUUGGAGAAUUACAAAUCUAUGGAGAGUAGGCAUAUCUUUGUCUAAUCAAAGAGUUAAGGUGAUACUGCUUGGGAGGGCCGGCUUCUGUUGAUCUAGGGAGAUGGCAGGAUUUUAUUUUUUUUAAAGCGUUGCACAAUGGUGGAUUUAGACUGGACACAAAAGCAUUUAUCUGAAUGCUCAGCCGACUGCCGUGAAAAACAUGCUAGUGUUAAAGACAAUUAACCGGGGGAGUGGGGAGCUGUUUCGCAACCCAAAACCAAAGGAAAGAGAAAUAAUAAAUAUAUUAUGUGUCUGCUGCAGGUGGAGGAGAAUUAAGUGGCAUUUAUGGCCUGUUUUCUCACAGGCGCAAUAAUUUGAUUAGUGUAACAAGCAUGGCUGCAAUAAAAACAUGCUUUAAAACUAAGUGGAUGUAAGCCCACCAAACUGAGCACGGCAGAGAGACCAGCUGGAGGUGGACCCACGUGUAUCUGCUUUAGCAAUGCGUGUAGUAUCUUCUCAAUCAGCUCCCCAAAGGAAGAGGUUGGCUCUCUCCUUGCAGCCACAGGGCAGGGCAGCGAAACUCACUUCCCUCCUUCCCCUUAGUCAGGAACAAGGUGCUGUUUUCUGGCCAACGGGGCUGCAUGAGCGCUUCAGAUGUAGCCCCAGUGCCGGAUUUACAUAUAAGCUAAACAAGCAAUAGCUUAGGGCCCCAUUUUCUUGGGGGCCCAAAACAAUUUAAACAGAAAAAACCCCGGAUGUACAUUUCCAAAAUAUAAGAUAAAGACCAAAAUAAAACCUACGUACAGCAACAGUGUUUUGUGUUGUGUAGGCUCCUAUGAUGUAAGUAAUGGGCCCUGCCUGCUAGACUGCUCCCUAAAACAUCACUGGUUUGCUCAUUUCUGUAUAUAGGGUGCCUACGUUCUGCAAGGACUGGUUACAUGGCAACAUGUGCAAAUGGCUUUAGAUACCUAUUAGGUCCGUAAAUGACCACAUAGCAUAUAUUCAACACAAAAAACAGUGACAAUUUGUUGUUGACAAAGGACAGCUGGACAUAGAAAGGGCCCCAUUACCUUCAGUAGCUUAGGGCCUCAUCGAACCUAAAUCCGGCCCUGUGUAGCACGAGUGGCGAAAUGGCUGUGUGAACUACGGCACUGAUCUUAUUUUGGGGGCUUGGAGUGUGAAAGCUGCAGGGCCCUUCCCACAAGAGCAGUAGGUGCAUCCAACAGGAUAGCUCAGUGUUGUCCAAAGGCAUGCUUUCAGCAUCCAUCCCUGCUGGACCAUCCCCUGCCCACUUCCCAGCCCGCUUAAACUCAGGCUAGGAGCCCUGUUGGGUGGGUGGCUUAGCUGUUCAAGUUGGGACACCACAGCCACAACCAGGAGAUUAAGAAACCCCUUUGUGUUACUCAACGUGACUCAGGCUCCUUAAGCGCCCCGCGGCAAUGCUGGCCUGUUGACACUGCAGAGAGUUAUGUGCACCUGGGCCUGAUCUGGGUAACGAGGCAGGGCAAAAUUGCUCCUCCUGCAGCCUGACACCCACUUUGUGGGGAUGUUAAUAUCAAACCACCACCCCACCACCCCGCAAAGAAGGGCAGGGACUCCCAAGCUGGCUGCGAGAAAGGAGCUCUUUACUGUUCCAGAGUCACCAAGUGCCUGGGGUUCCACACCAUGGUCUCCUAAGCAUUACAGUGGUACCUCGGGUUAAGAACUUAAUUCGUUCUGGAGGUCCGUUCUUAACCUGAAACUGUUCUUAACCUGAAGCACCACUUUAGCUAAUGGGGCCUCCUGCUACCGCCGCACCGCCACCGCACGAUUUCUGUUCUCAUCCUAAAGCAAAGUUCUUAACCCGAGGUAAUAUUUCUGGGUUAGCGGAGUCUGUAACCUGAAGCAUAUAUAACCUGAGGUACCACUGUAUUGGGAAAGGGUUUUUUUGUGGGCUUAGACUUUAAAGACAUGGCCAGUGGUAUUAAAUAACAGCGUCCCUGAGCAUGGGCAGAGUUGCUCCCUGUCACCACUGAACAGCCACAGCUAGGAUUUGGAGGCAGGGUUUUCUGGUCUGAAAGUGUUUCACCAGUGUAAGUUGGGAGCAGCUUGGUUCUCUGAGCCCUGGAGGGGGAAAGCUACCUGCCCGUCUCCUUCCAUCUCUCUUCCUUCUACUUCUUCAUAGCUUAAUGUGGCAGGGCGUGCUCUCUGGGACAUGCUGGGACUUCAUAAACCUCACAAGACUCUAUGUGUCCAAAUCAAAAUCACCCCACUCUGGCAUUGGAAAGCUCCAGCUGUUCAUUGCGUAGUUUGGGAUGCCACAACCAGGGAUGUUUAUACCCCUCCCAAACUCUAAUUUUAUAGGAUCCAACAAAAAAAAUUGGGGGGGGGGAGGAGUUGGUCCUGUCUCCUUUGCAGAGUAUGAAGCUCUCUGUGAGGUUGAGAGUCCUCCAUGCGAUAACCGUCUUUUUCUUCCUAUCCCUUUUCCCCUUAGUUGUCGUACUGGACUUUGCCAAGGCACAAGGGGAUCUGGGCUGGCUCACCAAUCCCUACGGCGCGGGGGUAAGUCUUGUUGUCAGGUUUCUCCUGCUUUAAGGAAACGGCUUUGUGCAAGCAAUUUCCCUGCAAAACACAAGAGUACGCUGCCCUUUGAAUGGUACCCACCCCUGUCCUUAAGAAGCCUGAUGGUGAGACCAUCCCCAUGUCCAAUGGAUUUGUUCACAGGGCAGUGGGUUGCUAGUCGAACUGAAGCUUGGGCGUUGCUGAUUACCUCACAUUAUAAAAGGAGGAGGAAAUGGCGGUAGGCGUCUUGGGAGAAAUAAACGGCAGGCAUAAUGACUUGGGAAAUGUAGAUUGAAUUCUUACAUCUGCUUCAGAUGCUCCUUUCAAAGCAGAGGCAAUAUGAGCAUGGAAGGAAGAGAAGAAUUCCUAAGCAAACUUUGUGUUAAAAAAACACACACCCCAAGAAUAUUUACUUGGGAUUAACAUGAGUGGCUUUUAAAGAUUUACUUUUAUUUAGUUAUUCAUUAAAUUUCUAUCCCUCCUUCCCAUAGGAGCCCAGGACAGCAAACAGGAUUUUAAAAAUGAAUGAAUGAAUGAAUGAAUAAAAGCCAUCUAAUAUCCUCAUAGCUAAACAAUUUCAAGGUUGCCAGAAACAGUAUAUAUUUGAGCCAUCGAACACUUGGGUGAAUCAAAACAUUUCAAAUGCCUAUCUUGAUGUUAGUGAGAGAGGCAGGGGCACCUCACUAGAGAGGGCCUUUCAUAAAUGAGGAGCUGCUACCAAGAAGGCCCUGUAAAGGCUCCCUGAUGGUGGGCAAAGGCCAUCUCUGAGUAUCUGAUGCUUGGAACAGUCAGUAGGGGAAAUCUGUGGCCUUUGUGUCUGACUUAGCAGCUUCCCAGGACAGCAGAUUAGCCAUAGUUGAAAAUGAAGGCGUUACAUUUGCAUGGCACUUGAACCACAAAUAGUCUCUGCUUGAACCUAUUGUUUCAAAAUCGGUUUUUUGUGGUGUGCUGCUGUUUCCAGUGGCUGUCACUUCCACAGAUUAUUACUUGUGCAAGAAGAAACAUUUCCUCUAAUGGCAGCCAUUUUCUCUUCCCACCCCCAGUGGGAUCUUCUCCAGAACGUCAUGAACGAGUCCCUCAUCUACAUCUACUCGGUCUGCAACGUGAUGGAAGGGGAGCAGGACAACUGGCUGAGGACCAACUGGAUCUACCGCGGCGAAGCUCAGCGCAUCUUCAUUGAGCUCAAGUUUACCGUCCGAGACUGCAACAGCUUCCCCAGCGCCACCGGUACGUGCAAGGAGACCUUCAACCUCUUCUACGCGGAGUCAGACGUGGAUUACGGCAUCAACUUCCAGAAGCGCCAGUUUCGCAAGAUCGACACCAUUGCCCCGGACGAGAUCACGGUACGGGAGGACUUUGAGACGCGCAACGUCAAGAUCAACAUGGAAGUGCGCUCGGUGGGCCCCCUCACCCGAAAGGGCUUCUACUUGGCCUUCCAGGACAUUGGGGCUUGCGUGGCCCUCCUGUCUGUCCGGAUCUAUUACAAGAAAUGCCCCAAAGUCUUCCGCAACAUGGCGAGCUUCCCCGAGACCAUUGCUGGCGCUGACUCGCAGGCCUUGGCGAAGGUGUCGGGCGAGUGCGUCAAGGAUGCCUUGGCCAACGAGGACCUGUUCAUGCAUUGCAACUCGGAUGGGGAGUGGCUGGUGCCCAUUGGCGAAUGCCGCUGCCGCGAGGGCUACGAAAAGGACGGGGACAGCUGCAGAGGUAACUAGGCUUUGCUUCUUGUUUUACUCCUGUGUCGCUGAACUUCCCAGUCGGCAUUAGGACAAAGCAAUACUUGUAAGAGCACAGUGAAGGGAAUGGAGGGUGCAGUUGAUGUCACAAUGCCCCUACUUCAUCCUAGUCACCCAAAGCCCACCUGAACAAAAAUGGUGCUUCCAUAAAGUGUCCAGGGCAUGCUCUAUGACUUCUACAGAUGUGAGGCAGCUGUUGCUGCUGUUCCUCGUUGCCCUCAAGUUGCUGUUUCUCUUUGCCCUCAAGUUGGGAACUUGACUUCCGGGGGGCAUAGUCAGCAUAGCACCCACAGGGACUCUGCCCCUCACGCUCCCAGUCUUUCCAGCUAUCUGAUGCUGGUCAGGUGCAAACAGGCAGGUUCCACUCUGAGAAGUGCUGGAUCUGUCAGGUACCAGCAGUCUCUCUCUACUGGGGCCCAUGGAAAUGUCAGACUUCUAAUCCUUUGUCAACUCACAUGAGAGCCCCAGGAAAUGUGUCUUCAAGUUUCUUAUGGGAUGGGCUGGCUGUUCUCUUCUUCUUUCAUGCCCCCACUUCAAAUCUGCCUUAGCAAGCCACAGGAGUGGGGAGAGGACUAACAGGAAGCCAACCCAUAAUGUUUCUUUUUCUCUGCAGUUCUGUCUUGUCCUGCUGCAUGGUCCCAGCAGAUUAUUACUAUUUCUCAGCCAAAGUGUUAAUGUUGCUUGUUAAGUAUUUCACUGCUGCUACCCCUUGGUCCAUUUGUUUGGUGAAGUGUGAUAUUGACAAAGGCUGAAGAUAAGUAUUCUACACUUCUCCAGUCUCCAGUCUGGCCAGAAAUGUUAUGCAUUCAGCAUUUCUUGCCGUGUGUAUGUGAGAGUGAAAGAGACCCCCCUUCCCCACCCCCUCAGCCCCUGAUCCUAAAAGAGCUCUCAAUUCCAAGUUCUGGAAUAGUGGCCUUUGUGCAUCAGGACUUUCUCUGUUAGACAAAGAACCUAGGAAGCUACCUAAUGGCAAGUCAGAUCCUUGGACCAUCCAUCUCUCUCAGUACUGCUGUAGCCCCUGCACUGCCCUUCUGUUUCGGGGGAUUCAAAAUGUGGAGAGAAUCGGUUAACAGGGGAGAGUGGAUCAGUAGAGAAUCAAAUGGCCUCGCAAGUCAGCUCAUGUCAAAGCUCAUGGACAUCUUGUAUAUAGAAGUUUCCAGGGUUGAUUCCAUUUUACCAAACUCCUUUUUUAUACUGCCAUAUAGAGGAAGUGAGAUCAGCAGCCAAGUCCCCCCCACUCACACCUGUCUUGCUCUUCUGUUCCCCACCAAUCCAACUGAGUGAGCCCCCUUCUUGGAAGGUGGGGAGUUGUGGGGGGGGGGCAGGAGGAGGCAGCCGCCAAGAGGCUUUGCUUCAGGAAUGUGCCUGGGUUUUGCAGAGAGAGAGAGAGAAGGAGAUAAGGAACCUUGAAGGUUAUGAAGUAAUACAGGCAUCUUGAGCAAGCAUUCUCUCUCCCCCAUAUACACUAUCAGGCUCACCUGAUAGAGGCUGUUAUCUCACUUCCCUCCUGCAUGAUAUCGGAGGCCAAAGGGGGAGCCAAAACAUGGGGAAGGGAGCUGCUGGCUGCUCAGUUUCUUCAGAUGGCCUCUCUCCAACGUCAACGAGAAGGAAUUCAAUUUUUCGAUGGAGUGGACAGACUCCAUGACUGGAGAGAGCAAUGUACCCCUCGGGGGAGACAUGGCUGAACAAGCCAGCAUUUAAAGGGGGUGCGAUUUUACCUUCUUACUCAUCUUUAGCCACACAUGGGGUGCAGUGGGGCUCAGAGAGGUGCUAAGGAGCAACUAAUCUCCAUUGAGAGUGAUGCUGUUUGGCCUCUGGAGACCCAGAGAUAGUUUUCUUGCUGCGGGGGACUGGACGGAGGAGCUGGAAUGGACGACUGGACAUUGUGUCCACUCCCUCUGUGGUUGAUAACCACCUCUUGCCGGCGUUUCAGUGCCUCUGAGCUUAUGCAGAACACAUUUAUCUUGCUGCCGCUCGCCCUCCUGCAACCAUGUGCGGGAUUUCAUCAAAAGCCAAAUUCUUUCUUUUUCUUUCUUUCUUUUAAAGAAAGGUGAGAGUGUUGCCUAGAAACACUUGUUUGAUUUCCCAUCUAGUCUGGUAGGAUGUGUUGGUUUGGAUUUGGAGCAGAAUAGAGGAUUUCUCUCCUUUCCUCCCUGCCAUUCUACAACGGCCCCCAGCACCUGCCCCGCACCGCCACACCGCCAACAGUGCUGGUUUGCAGACCCAGCCUGGUUUCCACAGUGACAGCCAAUGCCUUUGUCCCACCCUCUGCAUUUGUCUGGUGCUAGGGGAGAUGCCGUGGGGGUGCUGCUUCUGGGAAUCAAAAAGAAGAAAGGGUGGCCUUGGCUCCAAGAGUGAUGGCGGUGGGUGGAGAGGAAUAACUGCUGUUGUUUUUCCCCCCUAACUCCUUUCUGCCUUGAUCUUCCUUGUUACAUCCCUGCCUCUCAGCCGCACACCUAGGAGAAGUUCCCUCCAUCAGUUGUCUCUUGGGGGGGGAGGAACGUAGAGCCAUUUCCCCCCUUCGAGAGCCAGUGUGGUGUAGUGGUUAAGAGCGAUGGACUCGUAAUCUGGUGAACCGGGUUCGAUUCCCUGCUCCUCCACAUGCAGCUGCUGGGUGACCUUGGGCCAGUCACACUUCUCUGAAGUCUCUCAGCCCCACUCACCUCACAGAGUGUUUGUUGUGGGGGAGGAAGGGAAAAGGAGAUUGUUAGCCGCUUUGAGACUCCUUAGGGUAGCGAUAAAGUGGGAUAUCAAAUCCAAACUCCUCUUCUUCUAAGCCAUUUAUUCCUUGAGCAUUUUGCAGAAGCCUACCUGCCUAACCCCAGCUCCUUGAUACUUUCUCUCUCAUGAUGGGAUAAGCUGCUCCUCCGUGGGCCCCUCUCCCUCUUUUCCAGGCUGCCCUCCCCUGUUAGCUGCCCCCCUCCAGAUCUCCUAAUCCGGGCCUCCUUUCUGAAAGGGGGAGCACCUUCCCACCUCCCCCCCCCAUUCCCUUCUCCAAUGGCAUCUCCACCUCCAGUGAGCCUCCAGCCUGGCUCAAAGGCAUCCAUAGCAGCAGCAGCAGAAGAAGAAGCUUCCCAUUUUCUCUCCAAUCCAUCUGGGGAGAUGUGGCAAUCAUACGCAGACCAAGCACCCAGCCAUCUUCCACCCCCAACUAAGCCCCAAGCCUUGGACCCUUAGCAGGGGUGUCUCCAAAGACACUGGUCCUCUGUCCUAUGUGAAUGGGGGCAUUGUUUUCCCCUGAGAGAGAGAGAGUAUGUGUGCAUCUGUAUAUGAGGCUUGGGUAGGGACCCCGCUGGCUUAUAAAUUCGCCCUCAUUAAACCAGACUGGCUGUUGGUGCUGUGAAUGGCAAGGGCUGACACGUCCCUUUGUCCCACUCCGCCUCGCUCUCCUGGCUGUCUCCUUGCUCCUCCAGCCUUGAUUCAUGGCUGCUUAAAUGGCUUGCCGCGCUCUCCAGAUUUAUCUGGCUAUCUCUUGGCAUCAGCGUCUGCACGAUUUCAGGCGACACCCACACGCGACUCUCAGAUUUCACCUGCUAAGGAAUCCUGUGUAACCCCCCAAAAAAACCUUAGUGCCCAUAGGAAGGCCUUGGGAAUCCCCUAAAUGAUGGCCUGCUUGGCAUUCCCUCUUAACUGGGUCAAGUCACACAAAUGAAUUAGUGAUUGGGUGGCGAGCUUCCCUUCUCCUCCAAUAAAGGUAAAGGGUAAAGGGACCCCCGACCAUUAGGUCCAGUCGUGGGCGGCUCUGGGCUUGUGGCACUCAUCUCGUUUUAUUGGCCGAGGGAGCCGGCGUUCAGCUUCUGGGUCAUGUGGCCAGCAUGACUAAGCCGCUUCUGGCGAACCAGAGCAGCGCACGGAAACACCGUUUACCUUCCCGCAAGAGCGGUACCUAUUUAUCUAUUUGCACUUUGAUGUGCUUUCGAACUGCUAGGUUGGCAGGAGCAGGGACCGAGUAACGGGAGCUCACCCCGUCGCAGGGAAUUGAACUGCCGACCUUCUGAUCGGCAAGUCCUAGGCUCUGUGGUUUAACCCACAGCGCCACCCGCAUCCCUCUCCUCCAAUAGUGGUGUUUAUUUUUCUCGCCCUGGCUUUUUAAACAUGGAAUUUCUGGGAGGAAAUAGCUCCAGCGUGCUAGGUGUUGCAAAGAAUACAGAGUAAGGCAAGCGGGUGUCGCUGCAUUUGAGUUUUCUGGCACCAACGGGUACUGGGCAAGGAGGAGACUUCAGAGUCUCUGCUUGGCGGAGACCCUGAGGGUUGCAGCAAACUGCACUGGGUGGGGGGGCAUUGACUUCUGCUGGCCUGGCCACCCCCCACCUGCACCCUGCCCACACGUUCCACCAUUGGGCUGUAGCUGUCUCCCUCCCAAGGCCAGUCGCAUUCUGCAGCAGCCGCUUCCUCCAGCGGGAGGGGGGCGGGAUUGGAAAAAGGAAUUUGCCCUUUUGUGUAAAGAUACUCUGACCUCCCAUCCCUCUGGCCUCUGUGAAAAGGGAGGCCCAUGGGCAGGAAACAAAGGCAGUUUAUCUUCGGGAAUAAACACAGAUAUUCUUGGCUUCCUGCACACAUUCCCGCCCCCCCUCCAGCCCCCCACCCAUCACUCCUUUUUAGCUCCUGCUGGCAAGUUCUGUGCUGCCACCAGCCAUCACCAUCUCUCUGUGUGUGUUUUGCCUCUCUCCCUGCUCUGGCCUUCAAGUAAGAGAGAUUGCCAAGGAGGGUUCUAUUCGCUUGGCAACUCGGGGGCUGGCUGACAAUAUCUCAAAAGGCCAACUGCCCACCCACCAGAGCCUUGGCAUGGUAUUGUGUGCUAUUGCGCUCUUGCCUACGGCACGAGGCCAGCCGAGUGGCGUCAUGUUCAGAAGGUGAAUUAUUGAAAAAGCACCAGGGCACCUGCCAGCAAACAUUCCGCUUCUUAAACCUCGAGAGCCAGUGUGGUGUAGUGGUUAAGAGCGGUAGUCUCGUAAUCUGGGGAACCGGGUUUGAGUCUCCGCUCCUCCACAUGCAGCUGCUGGGUGACCUUGGGCCAGUCACACUUCUUUGAAGUCUCUCAGCCCCACUCACCUCACAGAGUGUUUGUUGUGGGGGAGGAAGGGAAAGGAGAAUGUUAGCCGCUUUGAGACUCCUUAAAGGGAGUGAAAGGUGGGAUAUCAAAUCCAAAUCCAAAUCCAAUGGUCCAGCUCUCAGGACGUACCCUUUGUAUUGAUGGUAUUAGUCAGGCUGCGACGUUGAAUGGGUUUAAAAGGUGUCCCCCUGAUUGGUCAGGCAGUAGGGCUUGAUUGCUUGUUUUUUUAAAAAAUGGGUGCCUUAAUACAAGUGUUUAUUUAAAACUGCCCAUGGCAAGAGCCCUCUUCGGAGUCGUCCUCUCUCGCCUGCAGGAGGGGAUGCCUCUUCUGAGACGGUGCAUUCAUGCAUCCUUCCCCAACAGUGCAUGCUUUUUGCUCCAGGACAAUUGUGUUUUACCCAUAUGCAAACUUAACUGCCUAAUUCCUGCCAUUGAUUGACAUGCUCUUUUAAGUGGGUUGCAAGCCUAGUUUUUGCAGAAACGUUGUACAGUGGUACCUCGGGUUAAGUACUUCAUUCGUUCUGGAGGUCCGUUCUUAACCUGAAACUGUUCUUAACCUGAAGCACCACUUUAGCUAAUGGGGCCUCCCGCUGCCGCUGCCGGAGCAUGAUUUCUGUUCUCAUCCUGAAGCAAAGUUCUUAACCCGAGGUACUAUUUCUGGGUUAGCGGAGUCUGUAACCUGAAGUGUAUGUAACCUGAAGCGUAUGUAACCUGAGGUAACACUGUAUUUUUUAUAGAGUUGCAAGGGGACCCUGAGGAUUGUCUAGUCCAACCCCUUGCAAUGCAAGAAGAUGCAGCUGUCCCAUUCAGGGAUUGAACCUGCAACACCACGCUCUGACCAACUGAGCUACCCAUAAUCUAUCUAAGAUUUUAAAACUGUAAUGUGAAAUCACGGUGCAAAUGAUCACGAGUCAUGCUGAGCUGGCCGCUGUCCCAUUAAUAAUAAUAAUAAUAAUAAUAAUAAAUUUUAUUUAUAUCCCGCCCUCCCCAGCCAAAGCCAGGCUCAGGGCGGCUAACAACAAACAAAUAAUCAAACAAUCAAAUAAUCCAACAUUCUAACAUUUCAUUAUAAAAUUAAUUAAAAUCAAAUUAAUGGCAACCGUUAAGCAAAGUUCUGUGCAGGUUGCCGGAGGUGGGAGUCAGGCUGGGCCCUGACCAAAGGCCUGGUGGAACAACUCUGUCUUGCAGGCCCUGCGGAAAGAUGUCAGGUCCCGCAGGGCCCUGGUCUCUUGUGACAGAGCGUUCCACCAGAUUGGAGCCGCAGCCGGAAAGCCCUGGCUCUAGUUGAGGCCAGCCCUAACUUCUCUGAGGCCUGGGACCUUCAGGAUGUUUUUAUUUGCAGACCGUAGGUUCCUCUGUGGGGCAUACCAGGAGAGGCGGUCCCGUAGGUACGAGGGUCCUAGGCCGUAUAGGGCUUUAAAGGUUAAAACCAGCACCUUAAACCUGAUCCUGUACUCCACCGGGAGCCAGUGCAGCUGGUAUAGUACCGGAUGAAUGUGAUCUCGCAGCGAAGACCCCAUAAGGAGUCUCGCCGCGGCAUUCUGCACCCGCUGGAGUUUCUGGGUCAGUCUCAAGGGCAGCCCCACGUAGAGCGAGUUACAAUAAUCCAGUCUGGAGGUGACCGUCGCGUGGAUCACAGUGGCUAGGUCAGGGCGAGAGAGAUAAGGGGCCAACUGCUUAGCUUGGCGGAGAUGAAAAAAUGCCGCCUUUGUUAUAGCUGUAAUCUGCGCCUCCAUAGAGAGGGAGGUAUCGAAGAUUACACCCAAACUCUUAACGGACGGUGCUGGCACUAAUUGCACCCCCGCAAGAGAUGGGAGUUGCCCCCCCAAUCCCAUAUCGUCCCGUCCCAGCCAGAGGACCUCUGUCUUCGAAGGAUUUAACUUCAACCGGCUUCCCUCUGGGUAUAGUUUAAAGGUAAAGGGACCCCUGACCAUUAGGUCCAGUUGUGGCCAACUCUGGGGUUGUGGCGCUCAUCUCGCUUUAUUGGCCGAGGGAGCCGGCGUACAACUUCUGGGUCAUGUGGCCAGCAUGACUAAGCCACUUCUGGCAAACCAGAGCAGCGCACGGAAACACCGUUUACCUUCCGGCUGGAGCGGUAUCUAUUUAUCUACUUGCACUUUGACGUGCUUUCAAACUGCUAGGUUGGCAGGAGCAGGGACCGAGCAACAGGAGCUCACCCCAUCGCGGGGAUUCGAACUGCCGACCUUCUGAUCGGCAAGUCCUAGGCUCUGGUUUAACCCACAGCGCCACCCGCGCUACAGUUUAGGGGACUCCAAACUGAUCAAGAAGGUGUUGCCAUCUUAUCCAAGUUUAUUAAACAGUCAUCUUCUGCGGGGAGUGGUUUUGGGCUUCUGUGGAUUCUGAACUGCUGUGAGGUAUCAACAGACCAGGUGGGGGGACAGCAGCAGACACCUGGUGGGCAACAUCCUCUUCCACCCCCCUCACAGCCACCACUCCCUGUUAAUACUUCGUACUGGGGAAGCAGCUGCCGGCACACCUGCCUGUGGAAGUCCCAGGGAGAGCCUUGACUUGCCCAAUAAUUGCACACGGAAGCGAGUCUCGGCCAAGGGUGGCUGCGCUUAUCUUUUGUGGGCAUUUAACCACUCAAACUAGAAAUGUGUUCUAGACUCCUUCAGAUGGCACCUGUGGGGUGGCGGUGGGGGAGGGGGAGGGGAGCAUUCUCGGUCCCUUCCAGCCCAGACAUUUACUGCCUCCUGGCACACACUACAAGUCCAAGCCAGCUGGGCUUAACUGCACACCUUUUAAAUAUCACUUAAGUAAAUCUUCUCUCUUUCUCCUCUGCGAGAGGACCAAAAACCCCAGCAUUCAGGUUUAAAAUGGUGCCAGCUGCCAAAUUCAAAAUGGAGGGAAAGGAACAACUUGCCACCCUCCCCCCCCCUCUCUCUGCACCCCCAAUUGCACCCUGGUGUGGCAAAGAGGAGUGUGGGAGGCUGUGUCAGGGCAUCCUGGACCCUGGUGGGUCUUUGAUGGAAAUAUGCCUCUUACAGUUUGACUCCCCCCCCCCCAAAUAAAGCUACUGUUUUGAUCAAGGGAAGUCAUAAUCCCGCUCUAUUCUGUCAAGGCAAUAAACAAUUAUUUUACUUUUAAAAGGCAACUGAAGGCAGCCCUGCUUAGGGAUGUUUUUAAUGUCUGAUGCUGUAUUGUUUUUAAUAUUCAGUUGGAAGCUGCCCAGAGUGGCUGAGGAAACCCAGCCAGAUGGGCGGGGUAUAAAUAAUAAAUUAUUAUUAUUAUUAUUAUUAUUAAAAUAAAAUGUUAUUUAUAUCCCGCCCUCCCCAGCCAAAGCCGGGCUCAGAGCGGCUAACAACAAUAAAAGUAACACAGUUUACAUAAAAUCACAAUCAGUUUAUUGAAAUGCAUUCUAAAAUCAAUUCAUUCUAAAAUCAAUUCAAAAUCAAAUGAAUGGCAACCAUUGGGUUAGAGUUCUAUGCACUGGAGUUGCACAAAACCUGGAGUUUUGUGUCCAGUUUUGAGCCCCACAAUUUACGGAUCAUAAUUGACAAGCUGGAACGUGCGCAGAGGAGGGCAACCAAGGAUGAUUAAGGGUCUGGAAACCAAGCCUUAUGAGGAACGAUUGAAGGCGCUUUUUCUCCUGUAAAAGAGGAGACUGGGAAGAGAUAGGAGAGCCAUCUUCAAAUAUCUAAGGGGCUGUCACAUGGAAGAUGGGACAAGCUUGUUUUCUUCUGCUGUGGAGGGUAGGACUCGAACCCAGGGCUUCAAGUUACAAGAGAGGAGAUUCUGACUAAACACCAGGAAGAACUUUCUGGCAGUUAAGAGCUGUUUGGUAGUGGAACAGACUCCCACGAGAGGUGGUGGCCUCUCCUUCCUUGGAGACUUAAGCAGAGGUUGGAUAGCCAUCUGUCAUUGAUGCUUUAGUUGAGAUUCCUUGCAUUGCAGGGGGUUGGACUAGAUGACCCUUAGGGUCCCUUCCAACUGCAGUUCUAUGAAAUACAAUUCAAUGUAAGCAUUGAGGCAAAAGAGAUCCCCGUUUCACGCACGCACUAAUAGGGUCUCAACUAGGAGUGAAUGGUCAGGAAAAAGGUAGUGAAAAAAGUGACUUUCAUGUUGGGAUUCAUUAGGAAAACGAUCGAAAAUAAAAGUGCCAACAUCAUAAUACCGUUAUUCAAAUCGGUGGUGUGAUAGCACUUGCAGUUCUGAUAAUCAUACCUGAAAAAGAAUAUUGUAGAGCUGGGAAAGGCUUAGGAAAGAUCAGUCAAAAUUAUAAGAGGGCUGAACAGCUCCUCUAUGAGGAAAGAAGAGGCCGUAUGCAGAUUUAUGGUGUUUGACACUGUCUUAUUGGAAAUCGAUACGAUACGAUAAUCUUUAUUGUCGUACCAUACAGAACAACGAAAUUGAAAAAGGAAAAAAAUCUAUGUAAGACAUUCAAAACCAACAAGCCAGCUAUCCCAGCCUGGUUAGCCCCCUAAAAACUCUGAUACCCCAUUUUUAAAAUACAAUACACUCCCCUAGAGACUCCUUACACUGUGUUUAAAACCAAAAUCGCAUUUGGAUAGAAAUGGUUUCUCAGACAGCUAGUCCUAGUCUUUAUAACCCUGUACCUUCUUCCAGAAGGGAUGCGGGUGGCGCUGUGGGUAAAACCUCAGCGCCUAGGACUUGCCGAUCGCAUGGUCGGCGGUUCGAAUCCCAGCAGCGGGGUGCGCUCCCGUCGUUCGGUCCCAGCGCCUGCCAACCUAGCAGUUCGAAAGCACCUUUGGGUGCAAGUAGAUAAAUAGGGACCGCUUACCAGCGGGAAGGUAAAUGGCGUUGCGUGUGCUGCGCUGGCUCGCCAGAUGCAGCUUGUCACGCUGGCCACGUGACCCGGAAGUGUCUGCGGACAGUGCUGGCUCUCGGCCUAUAGAGUGAGAUGAGCGCACAGCCCUAGAGUCUGGCAAGAUUGGCCCGUACGGGCAGGGGUACCUUUACCUUACCUUUACCUUCUUCCAGAAGGCAGAAGCCGAAAGAGAUCCUUUUUCUGGAGGGAGCAGAAUUCCCCACCAUAAUCACCUAAGCACCCUUUUCUACACACACACACACACACACACACACACACACACCGCCUGCCUUUGGUAACAUGACAGUUUUACAGCCAGCACUUUUGUUUCUAAGCAAACGGAGAGAUUGCAGACCACACACACAAGAUAUUGAAAGAGGUUAAGACUGGGGAUGCUGUUUCUGGGCAGGCAGCUUUCAAGAACCAGACCCUCUUUUCCAUUUAACAACCUGGGGGUGUGGGUGUAUGUGUGUGUGUGUUUCUUUUUUUAAAAAAAACAGCAAUCUCUUGAGUGUAAGUAAAGUUCCACCUGGGGCAGAAGUUUGAAAAUGCGGGAAACCAUUUCAAAUAGCUAAGAUUUGCUAUGUUCAGGGGGACUGUUAACAAAAUGGUAUUUUGUGGCUUCUAUUCUGCAGCCUCAGUUAUGGCCCAUCGGAUUCGGGAAAGGAUUUUCCCCCACUCCAGCCCAGCCUGGGACAUUAUCUCUUGGCAUCAGGGGCUGCUGUGACCAGACAGGAUGGUACAGAGUUCCAUUGGGAAGACCAUGGCAUUUUCUCCAGGCACCAAGAUGCUUCUACCACUGUCUGGUUCACAGGAAGGUUUUUGAGUAGGCGGUGUUUUGAAAAAUAGUUUCUCUGCAUUGAAUGGAAUGGAGUCUCUGCCUGAGGGCCACUGCAUUGGUGCGAUCCUGGUAGCAGUGCCCAUAGGGGGCUGUUGCUUGCAAGAAAGGAGUCCUCAUGCCAGCUACUGACUUAAGGCAAAGCUGUAAGUCGGGCCGCAUUGAGUGCUUUCCAAACGGGAACCAGAGGCUUCCAAAGAGCUCUUCCUUUGUAGAUCCCUCAAGGAAGUGACGCGAUUCCAGGGGGAUUUUGAGGAGCAAACUGAGUUCCUAUGGAAGAGUUUACUCAUGCAGGAAAUAAGUAAGAGUUGCUCGUCUCAGGCAUUGGCAUAGGUAGGCUGGGGCUUUCCUCUGCACGUCCUUCCACCCUCCCCUGUGCGUUCACCAUGAUGCAUGCAUAGUCACGAGGCACACUGGAAACCUGAAGAAGCAGCAGCAGCAGUAGAGGUGCCCCAAUUGAUGCUCACGUCAGCUUGGAGUGUGUUUUCAUUUCCACUGAACAGAUUAAAAGGACCUGAGUGUGUCUCUCCUCCCUUGCCAAGUAUUCUUUGAAAACUAAAGUGCUUAAUGAUCUUUGGAUUUACCUUUUUCUUAAGUUCUUGUGGAACUAUCAUUCCCAUUGAACACAUGGGGAACUAAGAUCGAACAAUGACUUUGUGGUUUGAUUUGAACUCGGGUCUUUCCGAUAAAAGUCAUCUCUCUGUGUUGUCGGCCAUGGUUAGGAACCCCAGGAGGACUAACCCAACCCUUCUUUUCUCUUCUUUGCAGCUUGCUCACCUGGGUUCUUCAAAGAGGACAUCUCCAACAACGCCUGCUCAAAAUGUCCCUUGCACACUCUGCCGUCUUCCGAAGGUUCCACCUCGUGCCCUUGCGAGGAAGGCUAUUUUCGGGCUUUGACUGAUCCUGUUUCCCUGCCAUGCACAAGUAAGUGGGAGAUCUAAGCGGUACGAUUGCCCAGGAAAUGAUAAAGGCUUGCUGUGUUGACGGCUAUCCGCUUGGAGAUUCAUCAAUGUCCAGAGGCAGUUUGCAAGUAUUUAAUGAAACCAAUCAACCUCGGAUAAACUACUGCUGUUUUAUUCAGUUUGUGUCAGUCACAGGAGGGAAGGCAGGAAGCGACAAAAGCAGCAGGCUCGCUCCUGGGGCAAUGCGAGAGUCCUUGUGGACAAUAUUUGGUGAGGGGUGGGAUAGAUAGCUGAGAUGGAGAGAAGGCCAGAGCGAGGAGAGAGGGAUGGAGCAUAGUUCCAGAGAAAGAGUCAAAAGUUGGAAGUGAAGGCUUAGGAUUGCUGAGUUGCUGGGCUAACUGGGGAGUGGUCUUCUGCCUUGCAUCAAAGAGACCUGUUCAUUUUUUUCAUUAGGCCCUUUUUUUCCUCCAUUCACAGGACCCCCUACUGCUCCCCAUGCUGUCACAGCCAUAGGCUUGGGCGCCAAGGUUCAACUGCGCUGGUCCUCACCCCGGGACACGGGUGGCCGCAAGGACAUCACCUACAGCGUGUCAUGUGAGCAGUGCUGGCCGGAGUCGGGAGAGUGCCGGCCCUGCGACGCUACACUCCGGUAUUCGGAAAACCCUCACAACGUGGCCGGCACUUCCCUGACCGUCAGCGAUUUGGAGCCACACGUUAACUACACCUUCACGGUAGAGGCCCAGAAUGGAGUGUCCUCCUUCAGCCCACGGCGCAGCUAUGGCGUCACCAGCAUCAGCGUCAACCAGACUGGUAAGGGGACCCAGCGUCGCAGACGAGUGAAAACGAUGCAGAUGUGCACUUUAUGGUAUGAGGUGCCAUUGGCCCGCAUAUGUAUCGUCCUGAGAGCUGUUGCCUUCCGGCGCUGCUUUCCGGAAGCAUAGGGCGAGUGCUGUUGGGGCAAAAUGUGGUCUGAUCCAAGAUGGCCGCUCUUGCAAUUGAUGCCACUGCGCAAGGGGGAUUCCCUGGUUCUUGGUUGGAGGAUGGAUGGCGGCUAACAGAUUGAGUUUGAAUCCUGACAAGACAGAAGUACUGUUUUUGGGGGAUGGAGGUGGGCAGGUGUGGAGGACUCCUUGGUCCUGAAUGGGGUAACUGUGCCCCUGAAGGACCAGGUGCGCAGCCUGGGAGUCAUUCUGGACUCACAGCUGUCCAUGGAAGCGCAGGUCAAUUCUGUGUCCAGGGCAGCUGUUUAUCAGCUCCAUCUGGUACGCAGGCUGAGACCCUACCUGCCCACAGACUGUCUCGCCAGAGUGGUGCAUGCUCUAGUUAUCUCCCGCUUAGACUACUGCAAUGCGCUCUAUGUGGGGCUACCUUUGAAGGUGAUCCGGAAACUACAACUACUCCAGAAUGCGGCAGCUAGACUGGUGACUGGGAGCGGCCACGGAGACCAUAUAACACCAGUCUUGAAAGACCUACACUGGCUCCCAGUAUGUUUCCGAGCACAAUUCAAAGUGUUGGUGCUGACCUUUAAAGCCCUAAACGGCCUCUGUCCAGUAUACCUGAAGGAGCGUCUCCACCUCCAUCAUUUUGCCUGGACACUGAGGUCCAGCUCUGAGGGCCUUCUGGCGGUUCCCUUGAUGCGAGAAGCCAAGUUACAGGGAACCAGGUAGAGGGCCUUCUUGGUAGUGGCACCCGCCCUGUGGAAGGCCCUCCCACCAGAUGUCAAAGAGAACAACAGCGACCAAACUUUUAGAAGACAUCUAAAGGCAGCCCUGUUUAGGGAAGCUUUUAAUGUUUAAUAGCUUACUGUAUUUUAGUGUUUGUUGGAAGCCGCCCAGAGUGGCUGGGGAAACCCAGCCAGAUGGGUGGGGUAUAAAUAAUAAAUUAUUAUUAUUAUUAUUAUUAUUAUUAUUAUUAUUAAUUUUAUUAUUAUUGAACAUGUUGGCAUUUUUUUCAUGCCGCAGCCACAGCAAACAAACUUCUUGGCUGCUAAGGAUGGGACUAGGGAUUGCCUGGAAGAGCUGAGCCCGGGUGUUUUGUGUUAGGUUUCCCAACCACCACUGCCUUUUAAAGCUUUGUUUUACCAAAAAAAAAACCACACACCUCCUUACAGGAUCCUGCAGAGCCCAAUGCACCAUCCAAAUUUGCCCAGAGGCUCUUCGGAUAGCUGGAAGGGACAGAGGAGGAGACAGCUGUGUGUGUUUUAGAUAAAGGUAGCAGUGUUCAGUUGUUGAGCAAGUUUAGUUUUAGUUUUCAUAUGCGCAUAAAGCAGCCAAGAGGUUGCAAGCAGUGCAGAGGGCCCAGUGUAUAGAGUGUACUGCAUCCAGAAAAUAGUUUUAGCUCAGAGCUUAAGCCCUGUUAGAAAAAGCUAAACAAACACACACACACACACCUGUCUAAAUUUGAAACUAUCUGUAUAGAUUAGCAUAUGCUAAUCUCAUGCUAAUUUGUGUCAUUUGCCUUAAGCACUUGGCCACACCCUUGUUAUGAAGGCAGCUGUGCAAAGUGAGGUCUUGUGAUUUGUCUGUUGGACUUUAUUUUGGACCUGGGUACUCAUCAGUUCUGCGAAUGUAAUUUGAACAACCUCUGGAAGUCAUAAGAUGCCUCAUUACAGAUGAGGCUUUAAGAGUUUUCAAAUUCUAUAUGGCUCUGGGGCUACUGGCUGGCUGGUGACUGGGCAAAUGGUUUUGUCUGGGGAGGGUGCAAUCCACUGCAGCAUGCCAGACUCACUCUCCUCCUCCUUCUCCAUGCUCAGAACCUCCCCGAGUGACCUCAGUGACCAUGGAUGGCCGCACCACAACCAGCCUAAGUCUAUCCUGGACUGUCCCACCUCGGCAGCAAAGCCAUGUCUGGAAGUACCAGGUCACUUACAAGAAGAAGGUAUCUGUCUCUCCUUGGUACUUCUCUGCUCUUAACCUUGAGCAGCGCUCCCCCUCCCCCAAUUCCCCAGCCCAUUUCAUGGGGAGAAACUGAGGCAUGCAAGUUUUUGUGUGUUCCUUUCCUUGCAGAAGGAUGAGAACAGCUACUCUGUACUGCGCUGCGAAGGGAGCUCUGUGACCCUCCCGAAGCUCACCCCUGGGACCAAGUACUUAGUGAGCGUCCAAGCGCUGACCCAGGAGGGUCAGGGAACCAACAGCAUGGAGCACGAGUUCGAGACGCUUGAUGAACGUGAGUUUUGGGGAGGCAAAGCUUCUCUAGUUAAUGCCGAAGCAGGGAAAGUAAAUUGGGGGGGGGGGGCAGGACUGGAGCAAAGUCACCAGAAGAGAACACACACACACACACACACAGAGGCAAUCUGUUUUCGGAUAGCAAUGUUUUCCUAACCACCACCUUUUUCUUCUUCACCCCACAGGCUCUGACGGCACAAACACCGCGGCAGUUAUUGGGGGUUCUAUUGCUGGCUUUGUUGUCACGGUCGUGGUGGUGGCGCUGAUUGUCCUGCUCAUUCGCCGAAGGCAUGUGCUUUAUUAUUAUUAUUAUUAUUAUUAUUAUUAUUCUGUUUGUUUAAGGCAGCGGGGCAACAAUGGCAUUUAGGAGAACUGGAUGCCGGCUGUUCCUUUGUUUCCCACAGCGCGCAAACAGGCAACUUACGGCAACCUGUUACCUCCAGUCUAGCAGGCUUUGCAGGGUUGGUUUUGUUGUUGUUUUUAAAAUGAUACCGUAAUCUAUUUUUCCAGAGGCAAAAAGUGGAAUGGGUGUACACUUCUACCAAGUGCCUUCAGUUUUCAGAGAAACGGUUUGCAGCAAGUGAGCAUUUUUGCCAGAUGGCAAACUGUCUGGCCUUUUCCUUUUUGGGGGGUCUCCUUUUUCAGAAGCAGUUUAAAAAAGCUGGAGCAGGGGGUUCCAAUGGCUCUUCCAUUAGUACAUGCAAAUACAGCACUCCAUGUCUAGCAACAUCAGCAUCCAUCUGAUGUCACAGUCAACCCAGGCUGAACAUGCUAGGCUUUGGAGAUUCCCCUCCUGGUUUAUUCCUUUUUGUGUUUUUAAACUCUUUAAGAUAAACCAUCAAAAGUGAAAGAGGGAGGGAAACAUGCUGCUGAGUCAUGGUGUUCUUACACCAGCCCCAUGUGCUCUCUCCUCUGGGAUUUGUAUUUUUAAGCCAUGAAUUUGCACUUUUGCAUUUGUAGGCCUGCUUGCACGUCCAUUACAUUGGUGCAACGUGCCAAAAUUUGGGAGGGCAGAACCUUAGGGGGUGAGGCUUGAUCAAAGAACCUGACUUGAGAAAGCAUAUUUCCCAGAAAUCAUUGGAAAGGACUGGCAAAGGUGCAUUGGUGUCUUGACACAAAAAUACUUUUAAUAAAUUAAAAGGCCUUUGAGAAGGAAUGGGGCAGAGGUUACAGAGUUUGAUGCAAGGAGGUUUGUGUCUAGUGCAGUGUUUCCCAACCUUGGGCCUCCAGCUGUUUUCGAACUACAAUUCCCAUCAUCCCUGACCACUGGUCUUGCUAGCUGAGGAUUAUGGGAGUUGUAGUCCAAAAACAGCUGGAGGCCCAAGGUUGGGAAAUGCUGGUCUAGUGGAUAAGGUAUUCUGUGGGAGAAGGUGCAGAUAGGAUUGCCUCACAGGAUCACUCAAGAAAACCCUUAUUGUUGUCGUUUAGGAAAAAGAACUCAAGGGCCCGACAGACACCAGAGGACGUUUACUUCUCCAAGUCUGGUGAGUAAUGGUCACUGGCCACAUCAGUGCAUGAGGUGGGAUUUGCUGGAUCUGAAACAUCAGACAGAACAGAAAAGGGCAAAAAAAUUGCAAGCUGUUUAGACCUCGAGAGUGAGCAUUUAUUGUUAAAGGGGUGCAUUUACUGUGUCUGAACCCACAUGCAUGUCCAGCACUCACAUGUAUUCGCACACACACAAACCAACAAGAGGUUUGGGGUCUUUUGCUAGAGUUAUAGCAUGCGUACAUUUAGGAAUACAUGUUUGCCUCUAUUCCUGCCUAAAUAAAACUCCUGGCACCCGAUACUGAAUUUUAUUCUUGGCUGGCAAUCCUAAAAGACCUCUUAAAUGCCAGACAGGCAACCCAGUAAUUUUUAGAUGCAAAUAAAUGAUUUUUACAUUAAGAUUCUUGAGAAGCACAUCAGCAAACGCGGCUUACUUUAUUACACACAGUGUAAUAAAGUUUUUCUGUUUUAGGCAGAAAAAUUUAAAUAUUUAAGUAGGGAGCAAAUCCUACCAUACACCUUAAUCUAAAGAGUGGAAGAAUCCCUGCCUAUUUGCAAAAGUGGGCUCAAACUGAUAGUAAGUUAAGAAAUGGAGGGAGGGGGAAGAAGACUAUUGGUGGGGGGGUUUGAGAUGAGUAGCUAGUUUCAUUGUGCUUUUGAAUUUAACCCAGAAUUUCCUGUCUGCUUCUCACCUCGCCCAUCUUGCAAAUUAAGUGUUCGGCUGAAAAUCAUCCUAGCAGGCUGUGACUGAACUGGCCGUCUUUUGUCCGCUCUCUGCUCCAUUGCCGGAUCAUAGACUAACUUGGCAGUGGGCAGUGCUUGAAAAGCAGAGAGCUUAGGCAUGGAACUGCUUUGUAACAGCCUCUGCCAAGAGCUCCCCUUAACUGUGUUGUUCCUCUUCGUCCCACAGACCAGCUCAAGCCCCUGAAGACGUAUGUGGAUCCCCACACCUAUGAAGACCCCAAUCAGGCAGUCCUGAAGUUCACGACUGAGAUUCAUCCUUCAUGCAUCUCCCGGCAGAAAGUCAUAGGGGCAGGUAGGGUGCCUUCCAUCCACCUUGCACAAUGCAGUUGGCUGAUGGAGGUGGAGAGCAUGUCUCUUCUCCCAUGUAGUCAAAGCUAGUUUCAGAAGGAGCUUUCGGAAAGGAAAAUAGUAAUGCUGACUUUAUUUGAAAAUAGUAUUAAACACUUCUACUUUUUUCUUUUUUGCCAGGUGAGUUUGGGGAAGUCUACAAGGGAACGCUGAAGAACAGCAAGAAGGAGAUCCCAGUGGCCAUUAAGACGUUGAAAUCUGGCUACACAGAGAAGCAACGCAUCGACUUCCUGAGCGAGGCUAGCAUCAUGGGCCAGUUUAACCACCACAACAUCAUCCGCCUAGAGGGAGUUGUCUCCAAAUGUAAGAACCCCUAGAUAGGAUUUAAGGACCUUGGUGGCUGUUACUGGUUUCCUGUUCCAAGCUACCUCUUUCUGCUGGGCCAGUUCCAAGAUACCAAACUCCUGGGCAACUGCAUCAGAGUUUGGAAUCUACUUGGAUCUCAUAGGCCAAUCCUCUCUCUGUUUCUCUUUCCAGAUAAGCCGUUCAUGAUCAUCACAGAAUACAUGGAGAAUGGUGCCCUUGAUAAAUUCCUGCGGGUAAGUAGUAUUCUGUUCAUCGCUGGCCUCCUUCUCAUGUAUACUGUGAGUAAGAAGAGCCUGUUGGAUCAGGCCAGUGGUCCAUCUAGUCAUCAUCCUGUUUGCAAUGUGGCCAGCCAUAUUAUGGCCAUCAUUGGAAGCACUAAAGCAGAGCCUGAGAGCAAUAGUGCUCGCCCCUCCUGCAGUUUCUGACGCUCUGAAGCAUGCUGCCUCCAACAUAAUGGGUUUUUAUGGACUGAAAGAGCCUUUAUUCUUAAAGGCAACAUGUACAUAUUUUAAGUCAAUAGGAAUAAAGCUUUUGUUUAAGAAGCUAGCAUUUAGCUUGCAUUGUUGUUGUUGUUUAGUCGUGUCCAACUCUUCAUGACCCCAUGGACCAGAGCACGCCAGGCACUCCUGUCUUCCACUGCCUCCUGCAGUUUGGUCAAACUCAUGCUGGUAGCUUCGAGAACACUGUCCAGCCAUCUCGUCCUCUGUCGUCCCCUUCUCCUUGUGCCCUCCAUCUUUCCCAACAUCAGGGUCUUUUCCAGGAGUCUUCUCUUCUCAUGAGGUGGCCAAAGUAUUGGAGCCUCAGCUUCAGGAUCUGUCCUUCCAGUGAGCACUCAGGGCUGAUUUCCUUCAGAAUGGAUCGGUUUGAUCUUCUUGCAGUCCAUGGGACUCUCAAGAGUCUCCUCCAGCACCAUAUUUCAAAAGCAUCAAUUCUUUGGCGAUCAGCCUUCUUUAUGGUCCAGCUCUCACUUCCAUACAUCACUACUGGGAAAACCAUGGCUUUAACUAUAUGGACCUUUGUUGGCAAGGUGAUGUCUCUGCUUUUUAAGAUGCUGUCUAGGUUUGUCAUUGCUUUUCUCCCAAGAAGCAGGCGUCUUAGCUUGCAUAGUAGGUCCUAAAUCCUUCCCUUUUUGUCUCAACAGGAAAAAGAUGGGGAAUUCUGUGUUAUUCAGCUGGUGGGCAUGUUGAGGGGUAUUGCCUCUGGUAUGAAGUACUUGGCCAGCAUGAAUUAUGUCCACCGGGAUUUGGCUGCCCGCAACAUUCUUGUCGACAGCCAGCUCGUCUGCAAAGUCUCUGACUUUGGUCUCUCCCGCGUCCUGGAGGAUGACCCUGACGCCACCUACACUACAAGUGUGAGUGAUAAUGGCUGCUGUCCCGUCAUGUUAAGUUAUGGUUCUGUCCCACCAUGGCCAAGGAAGCUGCAACGGGUGGGAAAGGGGGGAUGCAUCUUCGCCAGCAAUAUGAGAGCCAGGGCUGGCAUCUGGAGGAGCUGCCCAUGGUAUAGGAGGAAGAAAUAGAGAAGCCAGAAAGGGGGUCCAAAUGGGAGGAAGGAACUUCUAACUUGCUGGCAGCGGAUGAUCAAUGGAAUGCGUGUGACCAGUAGCAGGAAGUCUGCUUUACCGCUCAGUAUAAUAGGGAGCCAGUGGGAAUUAAUCCAGGAUCUAGGAACACCUGAAGAAAGAAGAGGAAGGAAGGAAGGAAUGCUUGUUUCCCAUAACUCUUAAGAUGGCUUCCGGCUAAGGUCUCUGCCCUUGUUCCGGAAGGAUUUGACUUCUAGUCAUCAACAUCUGCCACUUGGCUAAAACAUGAGACCUUCUUUUCUAUCAGGAACUUCAGAAAUUGCCUGAACGGAGGAAAGCACAUAUUUAGAGAGCCUGGGAAUUUGAAAAUGUUUUCUCCCCCAAAUCAGUGAGUGCCUUGGGAGUCAGAGGUUCUGAGGGUUUUGGUGUGCUUGUCUCUUGCAGGGUGGGAAAAUCCCGAUCCGGUGGACGGCACCGGAGGCUAUCUCUCAUCGCAAGUUCACCUCGGCUAGUGAUGUCUGGAGCUACGGAAUAGUGAUGUGGGAGGUGAUGUCCUAUGGUGAACGGCCUUACUGGGAGCUCUCUAACCACGAGGUAAGCGACUGGAUGUCUUUGUGUGGGUGUGAACUAUGGGGCAAGUGAUGCCCCUGCUGGUGACCAGAUUGCUGUUGGAUCCCUUGUGUUUGGAGUUUUCUGGCUAAUGGAGAAGAAAGCUAAUUCUAGGAGAUACAGUCGAAAUAUAUAUAAAAAUUAAAAAAUUGUCCAGUAGCACCUUGGAGACCAACUUAAGUUUGUUCUUGGUAUAAGUUUUCGUGUGCAUGCACACUUCUUCAGAUACACUGAAACAGAAGUCACCAGGCCCUUAUAUAUAGUGGGAGGGUGGGGUUUUUUGUUGACUACUGUUAACGACUACAAUUAGUCCCACAGGAAAAAGCAAGGGAUAGUAUGCAGGUGAUUAGCAUAUGUAAUGAGACAGGAAUCCAAUAUCUCUAUUAAGACCAGGUCUCUCCAUAGUUUUCAGUUUAGUGAUAAGUUGUAAUUCAGCAACUUCUCUUUCAAGUCUGUUUCUGAAAUUCUUUUUUAAUAAGGCAGCUGCUUUGAGAUCCUGUAUUGAAUGUCCUGGGAGAUUGAAGAGUUCUCCUACUGGCUUCUCUGUCUUGUGAUUCCUGAUGUCAGAUUUAUGUCCAUUUAUCCUUUGGCGUAGGGUUUGGCCUGUUUGUCCAAUAUAGAGAGCCGAAGGUCACUGCUGGCAUUUGAUGGUAUACACAAUGUUAGAAGAUGAGUAAUUAAAUAGGCCUGAGAUGCUAUGUUUGAUGUUGUUGGGUCCAGUUGUGGUGUUGUCUGGGUGUAUGUGGCAGCAAAGUUGGCAUCUGGGUUUAUUGCAGGCUCUGGUACCAGUGUCCAGUUGGUCUCUAAGGUGCUACUGGACAAUAUUUUUAUUUUUUUAUAUAUUUUGACUGCAUCAGACCAACAUGGCUACCUACCUGAAUCUAGGAGAUACAGUCCCAGUUCCAGAAUGCAAAUGGAGUUUUGUCUUGAGGUCCAUUUUUUUAAGGAAGCAAUGUUAUGAGGCACACGCCUCCCCCAUCCCACCCUAGCUGUGCGUGGAAAUGUCUUUGUCCCCAGCAUGGGCUCAGUCUUAUGAUGUAAAUUGCAUCAUAAGUUUUGCCCAGUCACCUGUGAAUCUAUCCAUCCGUUCUGACUGAAGUUACAUAAAAAGCUGCUUAUUGCUUGGGUUCCUCAAAGUUUAUGUCUGCAAGGCUAGGGGUGGACUUGCAAUCAUGCCUGCCUUGGAUGCUGGUUUUUAUGCUAGGAUGGUAAGACAAAGGGGAUGGUCUUUCUAAGCUGAAUCCCCUUCAUUGUUGUUCACUUUGCCUUCCCAAACAGGUGAUGAAAGCAAUUAAUGAAGGCUUUCGGCUCCCAGCACCCAUGGACUGUCCUUCUGCCAUCUACCAGCUGAUGAUGAGGUGCUGGCAACAGGAGAGGAGCCACAGACCCAAAUUCAAUGAUAUCGUUAGCAUCUUGGACAAGCUCAUCCGUGCUCCUGAGUCACUCAAGACUUUGGCUGAGUUUGACCCUCGGUAUGUGCCUCUUUUCUGGGCCUCCUGCUCUCAGAAUCCCUAGAUACGGUUUGGGAACUGUUGUCUCCGAACAUCCCCUUCCCAUCUCCAGUCCUCUGAGACGGAAGCAUGUAAGAACAGUGCCAGGAAGGGGAAAAAAAUUCCCAGCCCAUAAGCCUCCCAAGAAUUCUCCCCAUCCACUUGGGCUACCUUAGACAAGACCGAACUUUAAAGAGCCGGGGUCCCCUUUUUUUUGUCUUUGAAGGAUCUCCAUUCGCCUACCCAGCACCAGUGGCUCAGAAGGGAUCCCUUUCCGAACUGUGGCCGAAUGGCUGGAAUCCAUCAAAAUGCACCAAUAUACAGAGCACUUCGUGGCCGCUGGGUACAAUGUCAUUGAGAAGGUGGUUCAGAUGACCAAUGAGUGAGUGUGGCAACUUCCACUCUUCCUCCAUUUUUUCACCCCCAUGCCUGCUGAGAAUGCUUCUCCUGUUGUUGUUUUUUCCUCAUGGUCUUUCUUCUGAAGCCUUUGUUCCCCUCCUGAGAGAGGAGGUAGCUGGAGUUCAGGGUCCUCCGUGAAAAGCCAACUCAGCUGGCUGUGAACAUCAUGGUCCAUUUGACCCCUUCCCAGUUCACAGCGGAGAAUGAGGCUGUUUUCUGCUUUGAUUUCCAGAGAGGAGAGAUCUCCCUCCUUUUGUCACAUGACUUCACUGUUAGAAUCCCGUAGGAUUCGUAAAUUCACCUUUCCACUGUGUCGGGGCGGGGGCUUACACAUCUUGUUAUUGCUGCCUCUUGUUGUUCUCCCCUCUCUCUUGGGAGAGGCUGAUUCAACCGGCACCCUAUAAUUAAGCCACUUUAUGAGGCCAGGAAAACGAGGAGUGGCUCGUUAAAAGCAGACGGGUGCCCAGCCUCCUUGGAUCAUGGCAAGGGGAGUCCACACCUUCUCAGCACGGGGAUUGCCGGGAACCUUUGUGUGAUAUUGAAGCUGUGGCUUCAAUAUCAACCUCGGUUUCUUUUUUAAUGAUACCUCUGCAAGAAAGAUGGAGAUACUGAGUGUCUCAAGUUAUGCUGGUGGGAGUUAAAGGAAUACACUCCGGAUUUCACAAUAUUUCCCACUAACCUGGUCACAUCUGUUUUCUUCCCGUUCCCAGGGAUAUCAAGAGAAUUGGGGUACGUCUGCCAGGACACCAAAAGCGCAUUGCCUACAGCCUCAUGGGGCUGAAGGAGCAGGUCAGCACCAUUGGCAUUCCAAUCUAAGAGGGACGGAUCUUGCUCUCUAUUGGUAGCUUCCUUGCCUAACUUCAGCUACCCAGUGGCCGGGCCAAGAACCAAUGGGCCGUUGUACUUCCUGAUACAUACUUGAAGUGGAGAAUUCAGGAGACCUCUCUCACCAAGGAUGCCGGCUGCCAAAGAAGGAGUUGGGUGCCUGCUUUUCCACUGUGCUUCCUCAGCAUAGCUCUGCGUUUUAUUGCAUGGCCUCGUGACUGCUCUUGUCUGCUGGAAAUAGUAACGCUGCGGUGCUGGAAGUUUUCAGACGAGGCAUUGGGCUGUGUGUCGCCAGGCAGAUCUGCCAAAAGCCACAUUUCAUUCCUCUCCUGGCUUGGACAGAUCCUGGGACUACUGGAUGCCUGGUUCCAUCCUUCCUGCCAUCUGGCUCCCUUCCGUUUGCAGCCCUGCAACACAGAAGACCAAAGCAUCCCUAGGGCUGUCCAUCCCAUUGCCAGCUCUGCCAUCUUGUCUCCGAGAAACCUGCAGGCCCAAUGCCGUAUUUAUUUAUCUGUUUGGAAGCCAAACCUCAACUGGUUAAGACUCUGUGGAUUUUGGGAGGUGGGAGAAUUUUCUCAUGCCACAGCAACAUUGUUGAACGUUUUUGGACGCUGAACAGUUGCUCUGUUCAGUCACAGAUGGGCUGUUCCUUUGUUCUUCCUUUUUAAGAAGCCAAACGUGGUUGGAUCAAGAGUAAUGCUUGUGCAGAGUCCCCUCUGGCAUUUGUGAGUUUCAGCUUUGAAGUGGUUGUGCCAAGGAUGACCGAAAAUGACUCUCCACAGAGUCAUCUCAGUGUUUCCUGCUCUCUAUUUAUUCAUCUUUUCCAACUGCUGCCCCUUCUCCCCGUUCCUAUAAUGCACUCUUGACUUAUUGACAAUUGUUAUCCUUCCAUAUUACUUCAAUUUUUAAUUUAUUUUUUUAUAUUUAUUGAUUUUUUUAAAAAAAGCAAGACUUUGCUGUUAAGGGUAAUCAUGCACAACUUGAACAAAAAUGUUUACCUUGUGUGCAGGAAUAUUUCUAGCUUUAAUAAAAUGUUUUUAUUCUUGUUUUGUUGUGUAAACUGCACUGUAUGGAAUGAAAUGUGAGCACAUAACUACCUUGAAGGAGCUGGCUGUUGGCCACCGUUACUAACAGGCUUCCCAAAGGCAUCUAGUUGG